GGGAUUUCCAAAAAUUUGAAAUCCAACUGACACCUCUAAUCUGCAUCGCACGUGUUGUAAAGUGCCGUUUGUAGUCUACGUGUAGAAUGCAAAGUGUCGCUGGCGCAUGCGCGCGCCAACUGGUGUGCGCUGAACCGAAACUAUAGGCAACGCAGACCCCAAAGCUGUGGAUGGUCGAAAUCCCGUGUCGACACGCAACGGGCAGGCGCUCAAUAGACAUCCAAUGAUAGACAUCCAAUAACUCACAGUUUGGGACCUCAGACUGGUAUAGAUGGAGGCUUUAAUGAUCGUGGUAACAGUCAUUGUGCGUCACAGCCACGGAUGCCGGCAUUUUAAGUCUGGAGUGUCUGCCAUAGAACAGCCGCGAGAAAGCAGAGGGAUUGCUGCAAGCAAACCAGGGAACCACACACAUCGUUGUUUUGAAAGGCAGCUGAUUGCGUCUCGUCGAUUGUUGGAUUAACCUCGUGAUGAAUGCGUUUUCGGCCAUACCUUCCCGGGUUAGAUCACCUGAUCGUGACAGACAGCUGUGCAAUGUACGGCGAGCAAGUGUCGCGUUGGAAGGAAUAGCUGGCCGGCCGUCUGGCCGCAGCCGCGGCGGCUUGUUUGUCUGCGCCCGGUGGGAGCUGCCGGACAGUGUCGACGACCUUAUCCCACAUGUGACCUCACGACGCCCCACGCGUGACCUCACGGACGCCCAUGCGUAACCUCACGACACGUGGCCUUUGGCAGGGUGCGCCGACUCCAGGCGCGCAAAAUGGCGGGCGAGGGCGUGUGCUGGUGCCUGGCGAGGAUCCUGCUGCCGCUCAGCUUCAUCAUCGGCUGCAGUCUGCAGUAUGACGCCAUCUCGCUGGUGUACCUGGCGCUGCUGCUGGUGUGCCCUCUGGUACCGGCGCCCACGCGGCGCUCCUGGCACGGGCCGCUAGGCUCGUACCUGAAGGCGUGCCUGAUCAUCACCCUGCUGGCGCUCCUGCCGAUGCUCUGCUUCCAGAUCGCCCUGUUCGCAUUGCCGCCAUACGGACACUUCUUGCGGAAAUGCGACUUCCUGGAGACCCUGCUGCGGAACGUAGGCCUCAUCAGCCUGGAGCAGAUCUCCAUCCUCUCCGCGGUCUUUUACUUUGCGUCAAAGCUGUUACCUGCUGUCAUCACUGCAGUUGUCUUCCGAGAGUGCCGAGAGCUGUCGCGACAAGCCGACGGCCCGGAGGCGGACAUCCAGAACGGUGGCGGCUCGCCUCUCUUCCGCAACUCGCGCGAGAAGCUGCAAAAGGACGGGCUCAAGUACUGCCUCGUGACGGUACUGACCCUGCUGGCACUGGCCGGGGCGGCCAUCAUGCGACCGAGCGUGACCUCAGCGGUGUACCUGCUGACCCUGCUCGGGGCCAUGACCUGGUGGGCGUGUUUGCGGACGCUGGGGCGGCCCUUCGGCAUCAUCUGCCGCCUCCUGAUGGUCUUCUCGGGCCUCCACCUGGCCGUGGUCUACACCUACCAGAUGCAGUGGGCGCAGGUGUACCUCGACCACACCAGCUUAGGUGCCAGGCUCGGCGGUCUAGUCCAGAUUCGGGUUACAAACUGCACCGGAGACCCGCGCGACAUGACCUUCGCCGAGACCACGUGGGACGUCUACUUCUAUCCGCUGGUCAUCUACGCGCUCUACUACAUGCUGGCUUUCGAGUCCAGGAUCCUCAUCAACCUACGGAUCGAGGAGCUGUCAGUAACCGUGAAGGACCUCCUGGAGGUGUGA